AUGGCACCAUCAGCCAUCUCCAGUAGCCCACCGGCAUCUACAACCCACGGCUCAUCCUCACUAGCCAGUUACCGGGGCUACGACCAUGUACACUGGUACGUCGGCAACGCCAAACAAGCUGCAAGCUACUACAUCACCCGGAUGGGAUUCAUACGCGUGGCCUACCGAGGUCUGGAGACCGGCAACCGCAGCCAGUGCUCGCACGUCGUGCGCAACGGCGACAUCACAUUCAUCCUAACAUCGCCGCUGCGCUCGCUGGACCAGGCCGACCGUCUCAGCGCCGAAGAACAGGACACGCUGCGCGAGAUACACCGGCACCUCGAGAAGCACGGCGACGGCGUGAAAGAUGUUGCUUUCGAGGUGGAUGAUGUCGAUGCGGUGUUUUUUGCUGCCGUCAAGAACGGCGCUACGGUGAUCGCCGAGCCCAAGGUGCUGGAGGACCAUGACGGCCAUGUCAAAGUGGCGACGAUCCAGACUUACGGCGAGACGACGCAUACGCUCAUCGAGCGCCACCAGUACCAUGGCAUGUUUCUGCCCGGGUAUAAUACACAGCUUAGGAGUGAGGAUCCUAUCACUAAGUGGCUGCCUGGGGUCCAUCUCAAGCGGAUUGAUCACUGUGUUGGGAAUCAGGAUUGGGAUGAGAUGGACAAGAUCUGUGAAUACUACGAGAAGGCACUUGGUUUCCAUCGCUUUUGGUCGGUCGAUGACAGCCAGAUCUGCACUGAAUUCUCCGCACUCAAGAGCAUCGUCAUGGCUUCUCCCAACGAGAUUGUCAAAAUGCCCAUCAACGAGCCAGCCAAGGGCAAGAAACAAUCCCAGAUCGAGGAGUAUGUCGACUUCUACAACGGGGCGGGCGUGCAGCACAUCGCCCUCCUGACAGACGACAUCAUCCGCGACAUCACCAAUCUCAAAGCGCGCGGAGUCGAGUUCAUCAAAGUCCCGGAAACAUAUUACACGGAUAUGCAGGCACGACUCAAGAAGUCUGGUCUGGUGCUGAAAGAAGACUUUGAGACGAUCAGAAGCCUGGACAUUCUGAUUGACUUUGACGAAGGGGGAUAUCUCUUACAACUUUUUACCAAGCAUCUGAUGGAUCGGCCAACCGUGUUCAUCGAGAUUAUCCAGCGACAUAACUUCGAAGGAUUCGGAGCCGGCAAUUUCAAGUCCUUGUUUGAGGCUAUCGAGCGAGAGCAGGAGCUCAGAGGGAAUUUGGUCUGA